AUGUCCAUGUUGCGUGCUUCUGCGACAUCGCGUAUGCCGCGCGUACUGAACACGCGUGCGCUGUCGACUUCGGCGGCUGCGUUCGCUCACAAGGACGUCAAGUUCUCGAACGAGGGCCGCGCUGCUAUGCUGAACGGUGUGAACCUGCUGGCGAACGCCGUGAGCGUGACGCUGGGCCCCAAGGGCCGCAACGUCAUCAUCGAGCAGCCUUUCGGUGGUCCCAAGAUCACCAAGGACGGUGUGACGGUGGCCAAGGCUAUUGAGCUCAAGGACCGCUACGAGAACCUGGGCGCCCGUCUGGUGCAAGAUGUGGCGAGCAAGACGAACGAGGUGGCCGGUGACGGAACCACUACGGCUACUGUGCUUGCGCGCGCCAUCUACGCGGAGGGUGUGAAGAACGUGGCCGCGGGCUGCAACCCGAUGGACCUGCGCAGAGGCUGCCAGUCGGCCGUGGACGAGGUCAUCAAGUUCCUGGAGAGCCACAAACGCGAGGUGACCACGUCGGAGGAGAUUGCGCAGGUCGCGACGAUUUCGGCGAACGGCGACAGCCAUGUUGGCACUCUUAUUGCGACCGCCAUGGAGAAAGUCGGUAAGGAGGGUGUGAUUACCGUCAAGGAGGGCAAGACCCUGGAGGACGAGAUUGAGAUCACGGAGGGCAUGCGCUUUGACCGCGGCUACAUCUCGCCGUACUUUAUUACUGACGUCAAGACGCAGAAGUGCGAGUUUGAGAAGCCGCUCGUUCUGCUGAGCGAGAAGAAGAUCUCGGCGCUGCAGGACAUUUUGCCGUCGCUGGAGACGGCGGUGCAGAUGCGCCGCCCCCUGCUCAUCAUUGCUGAAGACUUUGACGGCGAGGCGCUGGCGGCGUGUAUCUUGAACAAGCUGCGCGGUCAGCUGCAGGUGUGCGCGGUCAAGGCCCCUGGCUUUGGUGACAACCGCAAGAGCAUUCUGGGCGACCUGGCUAUUCUCACCGGCGGUCAGGUGUUCUCGGACGACCUGGACGUGAAGCUUGAGAAGGCGACGCCCGACAUGCUGGGCACCACAGGCAGCGUGACGGUGACGAAGGAGGACACGAUCUUCCUUAAUGGCGAGGGUGACAAGGAUGCCAUUACUGCCCGCUGCGAGCAAAUUCGCUCGGCCAUGAACGACCCGUCGACGUCGGAGUACGACCGCACCAAGCUGCAGGAGCGUCUCGCUAAGCUGAGCGGUGGCGUCGCCGUCAUCCGUGUGGGUGGCUCGUCGGAGGUUGAGGUCGGCGAGAAGAAGGACCGCUACGACGAUGCGCUUUGUGCUACCCGCGCUGCCGUCGAGGAGGGCAUUGUUCCUGGUGGUGGUGUCGCCCUGCUGAAGGCCAGCAAGGCCCUGGAUGUCAUUCAGACCAGCAACUUCGACCAGCAGCUUGGUGUCUCGAUCAUCAAGGCGGCUCUUACCCGCCCGGCACGCCAGAUCGUGGAGAAUGCCGGCGAGGAAGGCUCGGUCGUGGUCGGCAAGCUCUUGGAGAACCCCGGCGAGUUUGGCUUUGGCUACGACGCCAGCGUCGGCGAGUACAAGGAUCUGAUCGCCGCGGGUGUGCUUGACCCGCUUAAGGUGGUGCGCACGGCUCUGCAGGAUGCUGCGGGUGUUGCUUCGCUGCUCACCACUUCCGAGUGCUGCAUCGUGGAGGCACCGGAGGAGAAGCCUGCGCCUGCCCCGGCCAUGGGCGGCAUGGGCGGCAUGGGUGGCAUGGGCUUCUAA